AGUAGAUAUUGGACCAGCCAGAACCUCUACGUCAUUCCAUCCAACCAGCCCAGACGAGUCAAAUCUAUGGCGCUGUGAUGAAAUUUGAUGGAAAUUAGCUGUUGCCUCUGUCUUGAAGGAACUCGGAUAAUUCUCGAGGAUGAAAUUGGGGGUGAGGACGACGGAAGCUCUUACAAGUGUUGUAGAGGAGAUGUGCACGUUAAACGUGCUUGUUUCUACGUGUCGAUUUCGGCACUUGUAGUAUGUUUAUUUUCUACAAUAUGCAUGUUUUUCGGUGUUUACACUGUCAACUUAUGGCUAGAUAUUUUUCUGAUUGUUGCGAAUACGGUUGUGGCCAUUCUCAUGAUGUUUGGUCUUUAUUAUGACAAGGCUUCAUUACUUGUACCAUUUAUAGUUUCUGAAAUAACGCAAUGCGUCUGUUUCUUCAUUCUUGCCAAUUAUGUUCUCUACUAUACAAUUGUGUUUCGAAGGCAGAAAUUUUAUCAAAAAUUUGAUCAAAUGUUAAUGGUGAUAUCAAUAUAUUUGGGAAUCGUAAUUUGUAUAGGCGCCAUAUGGGCUGCCACCAAAUGCUAUCACUACCUUCGGCAAAAAGCCGAAGGUAUCUAUCCGGACAGUGGUGAAAGAUGUAUGUGGGAGUGAACACCAACCUCGUCAUGAUGAUACUCGUCUUGUUUUUUGGACCAAUGAAAUAUUUUAUUAUUU